CGAGACCAAUCGACUGUGUUUAGUACCAUGACCAAAGUAUAAUUGAAAAUGUACACUUACAUGUCAUUAGCGCUGAAGACAUUCACCAUGCCACUGUACAGUUUUAACUGAGUUGCUUCCCAUCACCAAUGAUGGACAGAGGGGUGGGUGGAGGGGUGGACAAAUGUUCUGAUGGUCUUGAAUAACUUAUUUUGUGAACAUGUUUUCAACAUACCUGUGACACACACACACACACAAGCAGUACUGGCAGCGGUACCAUGAGCACCUGCAUGACGUAGAGUUUACACCUGUCCGGGUUUGACCAAGACAGUCCGGGAAUUGGCAUUUGUGUUUGAGUGAUAAGAAUUGAUUCACGAUCCGGUGGCAUUGUAUUGGACGUUAUUACCAUAUACUGCAUAUGUUUGAUAGACCUGGGUUGACUGAAAAAUACGUGUGGGAUCUCGUCUGUUAAGUAGGUGGCAACCCUACCAAUACAUGAUAUCAUGUGUAAUUACAUUCGGCAAUUACCCAAAUAUUUGUAUGGCAUUAAUAUUGGAUAAUGAGGGUGAGCCCUCUGACGCAUAGUUAAAGCUCUGCAAAAGCAAUGUUUUCACAUUUCAACCACUUGAAUUGAGCUGGAGGGCACAGAUUCCUGUGUAUGACAAUCGCAUCAUAAAUGUCUUGUGUCUGCAUAAUAAGCCUUUGGUGGCAGCUUCAAAUCAUCAGGUAUCUUCUGGGGAUGAGGGAAGGGUUCAGGAUAUGACUUUUGGAGGCUGAUGUCAUAAGUGGCAGGUGAUUUGUUUGUGGUUCCGAAUUUAAAUUUUACGGGGGUUUAGAAACAGCAGACAUCGUGGUAGAUUGACGUGGUAGAUUGGACCAAAUUUGGUAUGUGGUCCGACUCGUUGGACCAAUGUUGGGCCAACUUUGAUGAUACUAGGCUGUAUUUGAAUGCCAGCUGGUAAAUGAACUAAGCCCCGUUAGCCCACGCAACUCGCCACCUUUGAGUGAGAUAUUGGCCAUGGGAAGGAUGCGUAUGAAAUAGUAUUGGUGCUGAUGAAAUGCGUGGAAUUUGGUGUACUAGAUGUCUGCUGCCUGUCCAAUCAUCAGUACUAACAUGGCUGUCUUCCAAAACCACUUUAUUCACAGCCCACAAUUGUUUUCACAUUCUCUAUCCAAGUGCAAGCCAGCCUGACCUAGGGUCAUAUUAAAAGUAGGGCUACAGAAUAUCGUCAUUCUACCACGUUGGCAUUCUGUAGGCCACCUUUUAAAUGUUGCAUGCGAUGGUGCAAUGUCCCAACACACCUUCAACAUGCGUUGAUGCAUUUAUCUCGGCUCAGAGUUCUCUGACAUCAAAAAUUGUGAUGACCACAUGACAGCGAAUUUGGAGUAGAAAUAGGUUACCCGCAUGUACGCAAAAUCGCACAAACGGAGCCCGCAUGAGCGAGGGAAACCCGUACUCAGCGUGGACUAUGAAUAGCUCCAACCUUAAUGGUCUGUGGUAUUUUCUUCUCAGCCCAUAGUAUUUUUUCUUCUGAAUUCGUAAGGCAACAGCGCAUUGCAGUAUAGCAAGUUUUUCAAACACGUAGUUCUAAAUAGAGUACAUAAAGUUAACGAAAAGGUUAGUUAAUAAUUGACACGAUUGGCCUUUUGAACCACACCUUAACAACGUGACGCUAGUUACAUUGUUUGCAAUGGGAUUGAAUUUUUCUGAAAGACAUCAAUCACGUGGCUAAGCAGUGAGUCAUGUGAUGCAUUGGUUCGUUCCCAUAGAAAAUAUUCUGCAGCAUUCAGUGUUUUCUGACACUGUGAAUUCAUAGUAGUGCUACAAUUCAAAAUCAAAUUGAUUUCCUGCUUCAAUGUGCUAAGGAGCUGAUCAUCUCCUGCUAAAAGCCCUGAAAUUCCACGUUACUUUGGUAUGGUUGAGCCAGUUUACAUGACAUCCACUGUUUACUUCCCCCGAAAAGUGGUACUCAUUUUGAUGAUGAACUGAGUCAACCCCCAGCCAGGAUGUGAACGCACAACCUUAAGAUUGUGGUCCACUCCCUCUACUCCUGAGCCACCUGGUUUGAUGCACAACACAAAUAGAUAGACAUUCCUCCUCGUGACGUUCAUAGUUGCAUGCUGGUAGACUUGCAUCACCACUUCCUUGAGUGAUUUCAGGAAAUGAUGUACAGCCUACACACUGAGCGUGCGUAUCAUUUCGCGUCAAACUUGUGACGCCUCUACAAUGUAUAUAGGGGCAGGUGUGACAUGUUCAAGAGAAUCAAGACGGUAAACUCUCGGCCUCGCCACUGUUGGUGCAUUUAACAUUUCGGAGCGCCUGAGUUCGGUGGCGAAGAGAUACUUGGCGACAAUUGGAGCAUUAUUCACGCUCGUGUGAGUGCUCAGAGAAACGUUUGAAACCCAACUUCCCAGGAAGCAGAAGACACAUUAUCAGACAUGGCGAACAGGACCUCAAGAACAACCGGGAUCGCCUUGUGCAUUAAAUUCUUGUGCAAUACACCUGGUUGCCCUCAUCUCCACGAAGAUAACCCUUUUCGUUGGCAAAUUCAGAUGGAUGGACAGUGGGCAAAUCUUGAGCCCAACCAAGAAAUAGAACGAGCCUUCAGCAAGCCACACAUUCACAGCUACCGGCUCGCAAAGCCCAAAUGUGAUUCGCUCAUCGGGUAUCUGGACUUCAACACCAUGACGUGCUACGGUCCACAGACCAGGCCCGUCCGUCGCCUGUCAGUGCCAUCAGUAGACCGCUGGGUGUGGUAUUACAGGGAUAGAUAUGACGAAUGGAUCGAAUUUGGAGAAGAGAAUUCAUGGGGCAAAAAAAGCAACCCCGACAGCGCUACAAUUGAGGAAUCCUACAUGUCGGAUCCUAGAUGUCGGAUCUUAUAUAACGAGUGUCAGAUCGACUUCGAAGAAAUGUGUCAGUCGGUAAGAUACAACACUCGACCGAUCCGGCGCCGACCCCAAUUUCAGACAAGGGCAGACGGUUCAUGGGUCAGAGUGCGCAGGCCAUUGGCGGAGCACAGCAGUGAACUGUUCAAAAUCAACUAUGAGAAUGACUACACGACUUCCUUUUUGCGAGCGGGCCACUUUGAGUACCAAAAUAUUGCUAAAAUGUUCAAUGCAACGAUGGCCAGCUUCCAGAUCACAAGCAUCGUGAGAGUCAACAAUCCUCUUCUCUGGGACAUGUAUCAAAGAAAAAAAGAGCAAAUGGUAAGAGACAACGGCAAAGAGAACGUGAAUGAACGGCGGCUGUUUCACGUCACGAGGACAAACGUACAAAAUUCCAUCUGCCGCAAGAACUUUGACUUCCGAUAUGCAGGUCCCAAACUCAGGAACGGAAGAGGCUCUUAUUUCUCUUCAAACGCUAAAUACGCACACGUUCACUUUGAAGAGCACCGCAUCAAUGCGGGGGACGAGACCUGCGCGUUCCUGGCGCGGGUUCUCGUGGGGGUGAGCUGCCCAAACGGGAUGGUGAAAGCGACUUCCCUCCUUCCCCCAGCCAAGGGUGGCUCUCUGGAGAACCUGUACGACAGUGUGGUCAACAGCCUGGAACAGCCGUUUAGCUUCAGCAUCUUUUACCCCAGUCAGAUCUACCCAGAAUACAUCAUAAAGUACACAUCGUGAUCCACUGCAGGGCUGCUUGCUCACGCCACUGCUGGCUUCAGAGACCACCACCACCACCCCCCCCCCGCUCCCCCCGCCUCUACAGGGUGGUAAAACCUAAUACAUUUUAAAAGUAAAAUCGAUUCAAAACAGAAAUGAAUAUUACGAUGGGAAAAAAAUUGUUCGGGGUUAAUUUAACUGGGUUCACAAGACAUCUGGACCACCGUGUAUCAACACAACGCCUUCAUACUGGCCCGACGUAACAUUUAGAGGUAUAAGUACCCACACUUUACCCCACUACACACUAACCUGCCUUUCAAAGAAGGCCUACUCAUUUAUCUUACUUGGUGGACAAACAUGCGGGAGGGUGGGGGGGAAUAUAAAUACUGUAUAUAUACAUUUACUUGCCCAUUAUAUGUAGAUUGCUCGAAAUGUUGUACUGUACGAUUCAGAACCCCCUCCCCCACUGCCACCACGCUCAACUAACCCCUUCUCCAGGCCAGCACGAGCGCACGACUCCCUCCGACACGUUCAGGUCAAGGUUCACCUCCCCAUCCACCUUGGACAUAGGGCCCACUGCAUCACACCGCGGCAGAGUUGCAUCGCAAUGGAGUCAAGUGCUGCCUUCCAAAAUGUCACCACUCAAAAUGAGAACACAUGGACAACUCGGAACGAACCCUUUGUUAAGUUACUUGCUAGAUGGCCUCCCCGUGCCACGUCAGUCAUGUUUUGAUCAUUCGUCUUUUGUAUAAUAAAUAUCCAACCGUGGCAAUUGGAGUUGCAGGGGAAGGACAACAAACUAAACACAAAAAGCAGUUCUGAAGAAAUUACAAUGUUAACCGUUGCUGGGAAUCAAACUCAGGUCGCCCAGUUAAUAGAGCAGUGCGUCAAAAACUGUGCCAUGGCUCAACCCCCAAAAACUUAGAAAUGCAGACGAUGAUUUUUACAUAUUCUAUGAGUGAAAGAGAUGAUGGGAGAACAUGUUAAUUUUUUUUCUGAGAUUGAAAAAUCUUGUAAAUAAUGAGAUGUAUUUAGUCGUUAACAAUUGUAUUAUUAAACGGUAUACAUUUGAUGAAUUUGUACUUUCAAACUUUAAUCAAAAUGUUGACUUCAAAUUAUUUUAAAUGUACCAUAGCAGAAAAAUUAAUACAUGUAUUGCUGAAAAAAUGUUUUACCUUUCUUUUAUAAAUGUGCCAUUCAUAUUACAUAUAUAAAGUAUUAAUCUUGUCCGAUUGUGGUUUAAUCUGCAAUAGUCUCGUUUAAUUAAACACUAAAUGGAAGAUUACUCAUUGUUUUUUUAG